ACACCAAACUGAAUGUUGUUGACUUCUUGAGGGUUGUUGGGAAAAAUUUUCGCCUCGGAGAGAUGUUGUCCAGGAGCAGUGUGAAGUCACGCAUGAGUUCAAAUGAAGGCAUCAGUUUUAUAGAAUUUACGUACCAGCAACAUAUCAAGACUCCCUUCCUUGACUAAACUGAUAUCGCUAAUGAAAUACAUGGAUAUCUGAAACAUCUAAAAAUCAUACUAAGAUCCCCCUCCAUAGACUAAGGCUCUCCAGGCAUAUGAUUGGUUGUAUUUAUUUGAUAAGCAUCAGUGCACAAUUCAGAUUGGUGGCAGUGAUCAGAUGGGAAAUUUGGUAGCAGGACAUGAUUUGAUUAGCAGAGUAAGAAAAAGGCAAGUCACUGGACUUACUAUCCCUCUGAUAACUAACGAAGCUGGUAAUAAAUUUGGUAAAUCAGCUGGUAAUGCAGUCUGGCUUGAUGGUAAAAAAACAUCUUCCUUUGAUUUGUAUCAGUUUUUCAUAAGGACACAAGAUGCAGAAGUUGAAAAGUUACUGAAGCUGCUUACAUUUUAUCAUGUUAGUGACAUUGAAAAAAUUAUGGAACAGCAUUGGCUAAAUCCAGAAAAAAGACAGGCACAGAAGAAACUGGCAGAAAAAGUGACUCUUUUGGUACAUGGUAAUAAAGGUUUGGACUCUGCUAUAUUGGCAAGUGAUGCUUUAUAUGGAGGGAACCCCGAGAGUUUAGUAGAGAUGACAGCUGAGGAGAUGGGAGUGGUUUUCAAAUCAGCCUCAUCAGCUACUUUAAUGCUUCACCCUGGUACUUCUAUUGUGAAAAUGGCAAUGGAUGCUGGUUGCUUCCGUGAUGAGAGAGAUGCACGACGUAUCAUCAGUGCUGGUGGAUUUUAUAUUAAUCUAAGUCGAGUUAAUAAUCCAGAUCUUGUACUCAUUCCUGGUGCACAUAUACUACCCAAUAAUAUUACAUUGUUGCGAGUUGGAAAGAAAAAUUACUAUUUGGUGAAAUGGUUGAGGUGAAGUUACUGAUAGCAUAUUUUAUGUGUUUAGAAUGUAUAAAUAUGUGUUCCAGGA